GCCCAUGGAGCCACAGCUGCUCCUCCUGCUCCUUGGGUUCUGCUCAGCUGGCCUCGUCCUGGGCUCCGAACAUGAGACCCGCCUGGUGGCAAAGCUAUUUGAAGAUUAUAACAGUGUGGUGCGGCCAGUGGAAGACCACCGCCAGGCUGUGGAGGUCACCGUGGGCCUGCAGCUGAUCCAGCUCAUCAACGUGGAUGAAGUAAAUCAGAUUGUGACAACCAACGUGCGACUGAAACAGCAAUGGGUGGAUUACAACCUAAAAUGGAAUCCAGAGGAGUAUGGCGGCGUGAAAAAAAUCCACAUUCCCUCAGAAAAGAUCUGGCGCCCAGACUUCGUUCUCUAUAACAAUGCAGAUGGCGACUUUGCCAUUGUCAAGUUAACCAAAGUGCUCCUGGACUACACCGGCCAUAUCACAUGGACACCCCCGGCCAUCUUCAAAAGCUACUGUGAGAUUAUCGUCACCCACUUUCCCUUUGACGAACAGAACUGCAGCAUGAAGUUGGGCACCUGGACCUAUGACGGCUCGGUGGUGGCCAUCAACCCGGAAAGUGACCAACCAGACCUAAGCAACUUCAUGGAAAGUGGAGAAUGGGUGAUCAAGGAAUCCCGGGGCUGGAAGCACUGGGUGUUCUAUGCCUGUUGCCCCUCCACCCCCUACCUGGACAUCACCUACCACUUUGUCAUGCAGCGCCUACCCCUCUACUUCAUCGUCAACGUCAUCAUUCCCUGCCUGCUCUUCUCCUUCUUAACUGGCCUGGUGUUCUACCUGCCCACAGACUCAGGAGAGAAGAUGACGCUAAGCAUCUCAGUCCUGCUGUCCUUAACCGUGUUCCUCCUGGUCAUCGUGGAGCUGAUCCCUUCCACCUCCAGUGCCGUGCCCUUGAUUGGGAAAUACAUGUUGUUCACCAUGGUGUUUGUCAUAGCGUCCAUCAUCAUCACCGUCAUUGUCAUCAAUACACACCACCGCUCCCCCAGCACCCACGUCAUGCCCGACUGGGUACGCAAGGUUUUUAUCGACACUAUCCCAAAUAUCAUGUUCUUCUCCACGAUGAAAAGACCAUCCAGAGAAAAACAAGACAAAAAGAUUUUUACAGAAGACAUUGAUAUUUCUGACAUUUCUGGGAAGCCAGGGCCUCCACCCAUGGGUUUCCACUCUCCCCUGAUCAAACACCCCGAGGUAAAAAGUGCCAUUGAAGGAGUCAAAUACAUCGCAGAGACCAUGAAGUCAGACCAGGAGUCCAAUAACGCGGCCGAGGAAUGGAAGUAUGUUGCAAUGGUGAUGGACCACAUUCUCCUUGGAGUCUUCAUGCUCGUCUGUAUCAUUGGAACCCUGGCUGUGUUUGCAGGUCGGCUCAUUGAAUUAAAUCAGCAAGGAUGAGCAGCGCUGAGCACUAGGCAGAGCAGAGAAAGGCGGGGAAGACAGAAAUAUCUGUCUGCUUUGAUACAAGCUCACUUAUC